ACUUAGAACGACGGUGUAGUUUUCCGGCGGAACGAUAAUCGCGGGGGACACACGCGUUUGAGCACAUUUUUCUUGAUGUGGGAUUUGUUUAUUAAACUAAAAGAGCACAAUUCUGAUAUCGUUUCACACCGAAUACAAUCCGUUUCCAAGCGGGCGUAAAUCUGUUAUUUUCUCACACAACUCGCAUUUUCCCGCGCAGCUGUUUUUUCCAUCUGGCGCGUGCGUACGUUUUAAAUCGCUCUGGUUGUUUUAUGUUUUGCUCGUAGUUUCGGUAAGAAAUUCUCGCAACGACCGAACAUCACGAAACCGCCGGCGGGAGAUCGGUGAAGCGCUCAUGGCUUCGACUGUGGACUUCAGGACUCUGGUCGAUCAGUCGUGCAGAUACUCGGACGAGUUCGUCAAUAUCUAUUACGACUGCAUGGACAAGAGAAGGAGGAAUCUGACGAGGCUGUAUCUGGACAAAGCAACGCUGGUGUGGAAUGGAAACGCUGUCACGGGUCACGAUGCUCUCAGCGAGUUCUUCGAGUCUCUCCCUUCCAGUGAAUUUCAAGUGCAAUCUCUUGACUGCCAGCCCGUGCACGAACAAGCAACUCAAGGCCAAAUGACAUUGUUGGUGGUUACAGCUGGCUCAGUGAAGUUCGAUGGAAACAAACAGAGAUUCUUCAACCAGAAUUUCUUAUUAACCGCCCAAGCCUCUCCUAACAGCGACCAGCCCGUGUGGAAGAUCGCAAGCGAUUGCUUUCGCUUUCAGGACUGGGCGAACUGAAUUGUAGCUUCAGAUGUUUUGUAUAGCUUUUUAUUUUCAUUUUUGUGAACUCGUUGCAAUUUAAUAUGUUCUGUAAAUAAAAACAUCGAC